ACGUGCUCAGUGACAGUCAUACAAGCAUGCACGCAGCUCAGCGCCGACCAGCUUCAGCAGCAGACAUGUAAAAAGAUGGAUUAGAAAAUAAUGUCCCUCGCCUAUCAUCACCAUCAUCACCACUACCAUGUUCCCGGGAGUUUUCUAUGCACUGCUGGCGGGUUUCCUCGGGGCCGUGGCGUCGUCCUCGGCCAAACUGUCGCUGGGAGCCGACUACCUGAAGGGUGUCUGUGAAACCGGACUCCGGACAUGGGGAGAACAGCGGAAAUUCAGACAGGCGGACGAAACUACCGCCUGUGACCGGCUUCAUAUCCCUCUGAGGCUGCUGUGUGGCGGCCUGCUUUUCACCUGCAAUGCUGUGAUGUGGACCUUCCUUGCCAAAGCACUCAGGUAUUCCUCGUCCUCCACCCGAACCACUGUGACCACCACUGCCUCCAACUUCAUAUCUUCCGCUUUCCUGGGCCAGCUGAUCUUUGGGGAAGCCCAGAUAACAUUGUGGUGGGUUGGGAUCUCUCUGACCUUCUCUGGUUUGUUGGUACUGCAGAGGGUUUCGCCGCAGGAUGGACAACAGAACACGGUUGCCAAAAAAGAUGAAUAAUGUGACCUGUCUCUACCAGCUGGCUGUGGUUUGUGGUCUGUUUUGGCAGACAUCUUCUCUGACUUCAUUAGAGCCAAAGAGCAGUAAAAUCUGAAACAGCAGUUGAAUUUAAAGUGUUUUCUUCUUUAAUCUGGGCACACCUGGAAAAUUCAUUCUAAGUUAUUAUUCCACUUGUUAAAGAGCAAAUGGAAAUAGUUGUUUUCUUCCAGUCAUAUAACAAAAUCCAGUUUCACCUGUUUAGCCUAAAGUGAAAUUAUUAAUCAACAUACUUAAAAAAGGAUUGCUUUAUUGAAAUCAAUAUCUGUUUUACAGGUUGCUGUUUGUAGCCCUGCAGGAUGUAAAACCCUGCUUGUUCAGCUGUGGUGCAGCCUUGUUUAGCCCUUUCCUAAAGUCAGAGGAGAUGUUGGCUUUCAGACAGUCAAACCAGAGCACAUCCAAAGUCUGGCUAGUAGAGACAAAAUAAUGGAUGGCUAAGUCUGAAAUCAUCUCUGUCCACAUGUUUUACAAAGAAGCAAAAAUUAUACUAGCUUUACGUUACAUUUUGGAAAGUCAACAAUAGCACAACAGCUUCUGAGCUAAUGGAAAAGAUAAAAAGGAAGAUAAAUAAAAAGGUUGUUAGAUAUUUUGGGAAAUGCAUCUGUUUGAUUUCUUUUUGAGAGUUACAUGAGAAGAUUGAUACCACUAACAUGUCUUUAGAGACAUACUUUAUGAAGCCUCAUCUGGCAUAAUUUAGCCUGACUGGAAAUCAAAGGGUAGCUGGCCUGGCUCAGUGUCAAGAUAACCAAAUCUCCUUUUAAACACAUUUUAUUUAAAUAAUUAAUGCAUUAUGUCAUGUUUGUGUAAUAUAUUCAUAAACAGAACUGCAAAAUGACAUUUAAUGUCUUUGCAGGUCAAUAUGUGUGAAACUACUUUCUAACUAAGGGUAGUGACUUCCUUCCUUUUAAAGGGAGUCAUUAAUACCAAGGUGUUGAUUUUACUCUUUGGUUUUUGACACAGAACACAAGCUGGGAGUUACUAGAUUAUUAGGGGAAAAGUGAAUGGAGACCAUAAAUGACCAAAAUUAUUGUAACUGUGUGCUAUAAACCUGCGAUAUUGUUGCCUUUGAAACAGUUGCUUCAAAGACGGAACUGAGUCUGUGAUCAUUUGUAGUGGCUGUCUUCAGGCAAUAAGAGCAACUCUGCUAUCAGUUUGCUAUUGAAUGGGUCCAAAUUGGCAACUACAUGCGACCUGUUGUGGUACUCCAAUGAUUAAAUAAAUUAGUGAAAAUUUGCAAAUCUGUUGCCAUCUGCAUAUACAGAAAAAUCACAUUAACUACUUGCACUCAGAGUCCAACCAGAAUCUCGUAGAUUUGAAAGAGAAGUUCCUCCACAAUUAGUAAUGUAGUUACUAUAGGACAGCAGUAUAACUGUAAAGUGACGUAAGUUGCACUCAUCAGCACAGACAGACUCAGAUUGAUUGCAUCAUGUUGGCAAUAAUAUUUUCAAACCCUUGUCAACCUGUCUGAGAGCAGUUGCUGUCACUCUGAGUCAGACUCUGAUUUUCUGGAGAGAGGUUGCCUCCCACCAGGCAACCUGUGCAAUUGUCUUGCAACUGAAAGUAACUGCAGAGACUGAAAGUGUUAGAUGCUCAGUCUCUGAGUGACCAGUUGGUUGCCACAACUAGUCAUCUGGCAACAACCAAUUUUUUCCAGGUGCAAGUAAGUCACCAUCAUAUUUUACUCUAGUGUGACUGAACCAUUAGACAGACUUUGUCCACCACCAUUAACUGUAUAGACAUGAGAGUAAUCAAUCUUUUCAUCUGACUGUCUGCAGGAAAGGAAUAGAUACAUUACUGUAAAUGGAAAUCUUUAUAGGAAAACUCAAAUAAUACAGAAGGAUAAUUUGAGAAUUUCUGCACAUAUUUGAUUUCCAUGUGUCAUCAUUAGCAAUGGACAAAUAACAUCUUCUGCUCUGUGCAUCACUCAGCCUGUGCAUUAGGUAUUGUAUUCCAAAAAGCUCUCUUAAUUCUCCCAUUUCCUUAAGUUACUAAGACACUCACCACAACAUCCAGCACCAACAUUGCAUUUUAUGCAUGCUCAAGGCAAUGUUUUAUAAGUGAAGUCCUUAGCUAAUGAAGUGUGCUUAUAUUUUCACAAGUAAUAAUGCUUCUGAUGUAGCACUCAAAGGCUUAUCCCCCCGAGAGGAAUUCUCUCUCUGCCUGAAUUUAUUUAUUUUUAUCUGCCUUUCUUGACAGCUUGAACCUUAACCUCGAGAUAUGAGCAUGACACAUAUUUUGAUUCAGAGGCAGCUGAUUUUCGAUUUCAUGAUAGAUGUGUGCAUAUUACCAAGAGGGCCUGAACUCAGAUAAAUCACACCAAAGCAUCCUCCUGCAUCUACAAUCCACUCAGAAUCAGAGUGACGUCCCCUUUGUGAACCGCUUCAUUAAACUUGUAAACUUAAAAAGUGUCCCCCGCUAUCUCUCCAGUGCCAGGCCUUGCGAUUGCCAGUUUAGCUUCUUUGACCUGAAUUUAAAUUCUCAUAUUAGUCUGUCGCAUAUCUUGAAUAAUAAUUCAUUAUUUCUUUGGGCUUCAUAGACAUCUCUGUUCGCUAACAGCUUCCAUCAACAUCUCUGGAUGAGUCGGUGAGAGUGCAAUAACGUAUUUUCUCAUACACUGUGACGUGUGUUACGGAGGGAGCUGUGAACAUUAAUAAAUGAAGAGAGAAAAUGUCAAUAUAUGCUACCAGAGGGAGGUUCUCUUAGUAUAAUCAGCUACAGGGAUUUGCCUGAACAAGACAUCAAAGGCUGCUUUAAUGAACAGAUCACAUUUUGCUGUUGUUUGGAUACAUAUCAUAAUAUAAAUGCAUAAUGGUAGCUAUGGUACCUGUCUGUAGUAUCUCACAGCAGUAACGCACAAAUAUAUCAAAUGUCCUUCCAAGUGCUGCUGUGAAGGUUUUGUACCAUGUGAUUUGCAUCCCAGUUAAUGUGACUUCAGUGAAAAUGUGACUAUAAUAUUAUCUUCUCAUAUUCAAGCCACGCCGAACAAUAUUUCAUAGCAGGGAUGUACAUGAAGCAUCAUCAGGUGUUUAUGCCUCAAUGUUUUGCUUUAAUUUAAAAGUAACAGUAAGAUAUUUUAACAGGAGCCUGAUGAGACCAUUAUACCACUCUGUAAAAAAGCUUUAAGUGGUCAGCAAGACUAGAAGAGCGCCUAUAUGCUAAGUUAAGCUAAUCAGCAACUGUUAGUUAGCUUAGCUCUCCAAAAUAUUUUAAAUGGACUGUAAAUACCAAUACAUUUGAAAUUACAAGCUAAGCUGUUGGUUAGCCUAAGACUAAAAAGACUAAAAAGAAGAUUGCUAGUAAAUAACAAUUCGAUUUAUAUCCUAUGCUAAGCUAAUCAAGUAGCUAACCUAGUUAGUUAGCUUAGCAUGAUUUAAAAAUUGUUACAUAAAUCCAUAUGCCAAACCAUUUACCACCUAACUUAAACUAACCAGCUUGCAGCUGGCAUAAAGACUACAAACGGUUGCAAGCUGAUUCAGAUAACAUCAAUUCUUAAAAAUGUCAAACUCAUUCAUUGUCUGAUUAGUAUCAGUGUUCAGAGACUUUGCUUCUAGACCCCGUAUCAUAAUGACUUUACAUAUUUAUACCUAGAGAGUCUAAAUGUUAACAAAGAAAUAUGUCAGUGAGUUUUAGAGGGGUCUUUUUGACAGAUCCUCCUUCUCCCAUUUGCAAUCUUAAUGCUAGGCCUAUCUAUGGGGUUCUUGGCUGUGGUAAUGAUCUCAUCUGGCUCACAGCAAGAAAUUAAAUGCUGAUGUAUUUCUUUAAUCUGCCUUUAAUAUCUGCCUGGCUUUUCUCCAGUUAACGGCAUGAUAUGGGAAACCAUGUUCCUGUGAAGCCACUCUCACUGUAAGAUAAGCAUCCAGAGAUUCUGCAGUAGCAAAAAUUAUAGCUUUGUGAGAGCAGCGUGGUAUUGAAGUGGCAUGCAUUUCUAUCCGUGGGUGUCCAAAGUGAUUAGAAAAUCACUAUAGUAGGGCUUUGACCUGACAAGCUGCAUGUCACAAUGACAAGUUAAUAUGCUGCACUGCAAAAAAACUAAAAUGGUCUUAAACAGUCUUUAACUUGGUAGCUCCGUAAUCCAACUAUAUGAUGCAGCUGUUGAACCCAAAUGAUAAUAGAAUGGGUCAUUUUCUGGUGAUUUCACUACAGGCAAGAUGCUGCAUUCUGCAUGCUCUAUCCAGGCAGCUCUUUGAUUUAAAACAGAAUAUUUCAAAUAGUGACAAAACAUGACUCUUCUACUGCGUGCUGGAAAUUGUAGAGUUCAUGUGAAAACAAGAUAAGGGGAGCUCACUGAAGACCUGAAGGAAAACAGACUGAUUUUGUGUCUGUUGUACUCCGGCUCCUGCUAUAAGCAGCUCAGUCAUCGCUUUAAUCUGAAAGCUGCUACACCAAAAUAUUUCUUCUCAUGUUCAACUUUUUAAUAUGCAUUGAGACAGUUUGAUUAGAUUGCUCUGAUAUGAAUCAUUAUUAAAAUGCAUUACAGAUUAUGUGGAACAAACAUUUGUAAAAGUGUAAAUAUAUUGUUAAUAUAGAAAAAUGUGUAAAGUAAGAUCUCCAUUGAGAGAAGGACCACCCAACCUAUUAAACAUCUCAUCUAACA